AUGUCGAAGGGAAGUGAUAUGCUCGACAUGGAUACCGCACCGCCACUUGCUAUUUCUUCUUUACCACCAAAGUACGUUGGUCAGGUUACCUUCAAACUACACUCCAGCAUACCGGAGGGCAAACUUCAAUCUUCGUCCUUCGUGUCCGACAUACAGCAUGGUGUCCUCGGCUUUGUGUGGUUAUUAUUUGACUGCUCUGGUGCGGCCUAUAAGGGCUCAAAGCAAGUGGCUUUCCACAUUGAUCAACAAAAAUGUUUGCCUAUCUUAGCCGUCCGCGUCGCCUCUAUUCACCGUCACAACUGUGGCUCCCUUCCCACAGUCUCACGUUCUUGA